UGUUGCUCGUGCUACAGUCUGUGUUUAUGCCCAAUUGUGUGGUUUUGCACUUUCUGUGGAACAUUUUGCUUUAAGAGAGAAGGAAACAAUGGACUACACUGCAAGAGCAAUUGUUUUUUCUACUCCUCCAUCAUGCUGGUUCAAGCUCUGCUCCAGACUUCGCUGGUUCUCUGGUUGGCUCAGCAAACUCUGCAAGGCGGGGUUAAAGUUAAACCUCAAAGUGUAUCCUGGGGCAAAGUGCUGCCAGCCAGAGGUGUUGGCGUUGGAGUAAAGCCUGGAGUUGCAGGUGCCCUUGGUGCACUGGGAAACCGAUAUGGCGCCAAAGCAAUGAAAACAGGAAUUGGUCGUUAUCCAGGGGCUCAGCUUGGUCAUGGAGGUUACAGAGCUCUGGGAUUAGGAGGUAAAGCAGGCCUGAAGCAAGGUGGAUAUGGAGCCCAGGGAGCCUAUGGUGCCGCUCUGGGCACAGGAAUGGCAAUGGGGACUGGACUAAAUGGACUGGGACUGGGUAUGGGCCAGCAAGGGAAACGUGCUUAUGGUGCUGGCCUCGGCACUGCGCCAGGAUAUGGCGCUUUAGCUGGCAUUGGCUAUCCUGGAGCCCGACCAGGAAUUGGACUUGGGUAUCCCACUGGACAGAAGGCUAAGGAACAGAAACCUGGUUAUCUUGGUGGAGCAGGAAACUAUCUUGGAGCCAGCCUGGGCGCUGGAGGCUACGGAGCAGGUUUGGGACAGGGGGCAUACUUGGGUGGUGCAGCUGGCAAACUUGGAGCUGCUACUGCUCUUGGACAGGGUGGAUAUCCCCUAGGUGUUGCGCCAGGCUAUGGUGAGGGAGCAACAGGAUACCUGGGUGCCAUGGGAGGAAAUGGCUAUGGUUAUGGAAAUGGUUACAGCGAUGGUCAAGGGGCUGCCCUCGGUGCAGGAGGCUACGCUGGACAAGUCCCUGGAGCACUUGGUGCAGGACUGGACUCAACUGGUGCAAAAUAUGGAGCAGGAGCUGCUCAGGUCCCUUAUGGUAAUGCUCCAGUGAUCCCUACUGGAUUGGAGGGUGAUGGUGGCUACCCAUAUCCUGCUCAGCAGCUCAACCUCGCUGCUGAAGGCACCAAAACCGCCAACAAAUAUGGGCCUGGUGCAGGAUAUGGAGCUCAACAAACAGGUUACGGUGCACAGCUGGGAGCAACUCAAGAUGCCUUGGGAGAGCAAGCUGGCAAAUAUGGCGGAGUGAACGGUGCCCUUGGAAAUGGAUAUAAAGGCAUCCCUUUGGUUUGCUUCCUGGUGCUACUGCCUCUCAACAUCCCCUGGUCUCAGAUCAGCGUCACGUGGUUGGGCGUGGUGCACUUCCUGGCUUGCCUGUCGCCCCAGCUGGGCUCUGUGCUCUACCACCUCUUCAUGAACCACGAGGGAGGGGAGCCCGUCUACCACACCCUCCUCAAACUCGACGUGUGUGGAAUUUGCAUGAUCAACACGUUGGGGGCGCUGCCCAUUGUCUACAGCACGCUGCUGUGCUACCCGUUCAUCCGCACUGUGGCUCUUGUAGUCUACAUCUUGCUGUCCAGCCACGCCAUUUACUGCGCCGUCACGGCUCGGAGCAGCGUUCGGAGGUUGCGCUCCUUCGCCUGGCAGGCGCUGUUCCGCUUCUCCUUCUUCCUGCUCCGCUGGGUGGGUGUGGGCGGCGGCAGCCCCACCUCGCUACGCCAUUUCCUCAUGAUGGAUGCGCUGGCCGUGCUGGGCGGGGUCAUCAACAUCACACGCAUCCCGGAGCGCUUCCGCCCGGGCCUUUUUGACUACUGGUGCAACAGCCACCAGAUCAUGCAUGUACUGGUGGUAGGCUCCAUCCUCUACCUGCACUGGGGUGUGCUGGACGACCUGCUGUGGAUCAACAGCUACAUCUGCCCCUCAGACUGACCCCCCCCCCCUGCAGCCCCCGCACCCUCACAAGAAGCACUAGGAUGUCAGGUGAAAGGACCUCUGAGGGGAGGGGGAUGUCUGCAGCGGGAUGGGGAAGGAGGGGAAAUCAGGGGGAACUAAUGCAGUGAGGUGAGAUGAUAUGUUGUCCGUGCGUGUGUUCACCUCAUGCGCUCAAACUCAGAAUGUUCAUAUCUACGUCCAUCUUGGUACUCGGUGCGAUUGCAGGCAAAAGUAUGUCAAGUAACACGCACAAGCAUUUUGACUCUGAUGCUCUCUGUUAUAACAUGGACACACAGGAGUAUACGGAUACACACAAACAAACACACACACACACACACACACACACACACACACAGCAAAAUGGAAAUAUUUAAACACUAAAUGAAAUGAACACUUUAAAGUCUUAAGUAAAGGCUCUAGUAAAAGGUCGCUGCUGAGAUUUAAAGCCUUUACUUAAUAAUUUACUUGAGCAUUAGUUGGUUGGUUAAGGCGGUCUGUGGCUAGAUAUCACAUGCUCAAGUCCUCUCAGAUGUCACUGUUGCUACCUAUGCAGCACAUCCAUAUCUCAAGUCAUCACACACAACACACACUCAGACGUCCUUGCACCUAUAUUUUUAUACUACAUGUACAUACUGUAAGUGCUACACAGAGCACUCAGAGUUUUCUCUACGUCCAACUGACUGAGUUUUACUGAACUGGUUGUUCUGUCUGUGUUUCCUUGUUUCCUGCCACUGCCUCUCUCUUUAUGUGUGUCUAAUUUGUCCUUUCUGUCACAAGAUGAUGAGGAAAUUAAGUUGGGUGAGAACAGGGGUUCAUUCCUGAGUGUGCUAGCAUGUUGGCAAUGAGUUUACUAGCUUUAGGUGGCUUGGACCACACGUUAUAAAUCAAUCGUGCAGUGUUAUCGACUUGAGCUCCGUGCCAAUGAGAUUCAGGCAUUUUCAAUUGGAAAAGGAAGUGCACACGUUUACAAACUGUGUUGAUCAGCGGCAUUACUACUUGCCAAAUCUUUGCUAAUGGAAGUCCAUAAGCAAGAUUAUUAUUGCACAUUUAUGUUAAUCUCCCAUUUUAAGGAAGGUUGUCACCACUAUUUACUUCCAUGAGAAGAAAAGCUUUCAAAUGUGCAUUAUAAAGUGACAGAACAGACAGACACUCUGAUGAUUACACUGAAAUGCCACUAUGUGUGCAUUAGAUCAUGAUGCACACGUGACAGCAAGAUAUACUGAAAGUUAAGGGUUUGCCACUUAAUCUGAAAUUUUGAGUUCCUAAAUUAUUCAAUAUCUUUGCACUGUAUCUACGACUAGAACCAACCUGCAUAUUGGCACAUAAUGAAAAAAAUACUGUAAUGAAAUAUAUGAUAUUUAUUUAUUAUGCUUUUUAUUCAGUUGUGUUUAUUUGCUGAUGCAGGUAUCAUUGUGUUCCUGUCAGCUGCUUGAACAGUUUACGUCGUUGCUGUGCAGGAUCACUGGCUGACAGAUCUAGUUAGAGGUCAGAGAAAAUCUUUUGUUUUAUUCAAACCGUGCAAAUCCCGAGGAUUAGCUCCUCAUAUUCUCCCCACACAUUUUUUUUACCAGAGAAUUUUGGCUCCUAAGUCACGCAGUGAUACUGUAGAAAAAGAUCAGUCUCUAUGCAUUUCAACUUACAUAACAAUUGCAAUAAUCAACAAGAAAAAAACAUUAUUUCCUCCCCUGAAGAUCUUAUUUAUGACAGUUUUUCCUCAGGCUUGAAUGAAAAUGUAUUUGGAUGUUUACUUGCACAUAGCCAGUCAUUUUUGCCCCAGAAUGGAGCAUGUUUAUGCCAUUAUUUAUGCUUUCUUAUUUAAAUGCACCGCUUUGGCUCUGCAGCUGGAUUUGUGUUCUGCAAAAAGCACUUUUUUGACCCAAAUGGAGGUCAGACACUGUGUUUAAAGUGGAGUAGUUUUUUUUUUUUUACUAAGCUGGUAAGCAGGAAUGAACCCCUGCACCCUCUCGUCACAUUCAAGUUACAUCAGUUUUAUGUGAAUGUUGAUGGUUGUUUUAGCACUAUAUUCCUCUUUUGUAUUUCAGUCACUACUCUUGAGCAAAAUUAACUGUUGCUCUGUUCCUUCAUGCUCAAGACUAGCAGCUGAAGUACGAUUUCUUUCCACAGGCAGACUUUACUUUCUUAAUGACAUUGCACUUGUUUCCCAUGCCAACAGUCACAGCCGCCCACUGACUAGUUGCCAAUCCCGUCAGAUCCACUUCAUCUUGCCAAAUUAGCAGUGUCUGAGGUGUAGCACGUCCUCUGCUUCCUGUGCUAACACUGACUCAUAGGUGAAGAGGGAUUUCCCACAGUCUAAAUCACGUACACUAGCCUCAGACUGCGUCCCCCUCCCAUCACACUGCACCCCUCUCCCUCAUAAAGAGCCAGAUAUUUACGUCUGCUAGUCUCACUCUGACACAGUGAAUAUUACCUUCCAUGACAGUGGUUCAAUGUAAGAGCUGAAACUAAUGUAUUAUUGGACAGUGAAUGAACCUGAAAAAAAAAUGCAUGAAAGUAGCUGUAAAACAGAAACAGAUGUCUCAUAGCGUUAGCUAAUCGUUUGUUCAUUGUUGCCAUCCACAGGCCAUGUCCCU